AUGGCUCAACCAUAUAAUCCUACCGCUAAUGCUAGUAUGGCAAACCUAGAAGACACAUCAUCUUGGAUCAAAGCCGAGCUCCGACUUUCCACACCAGACAAGCGCGCAACAUAUCUCGAUCAUUUCCACAAGGAAGUCUUAGAGAGUAGUCAGAUCCGCGAGACGAUGAUCCUAGACAACGCAGGACGCAUUCAGAAGGCGAAAGCCAAGUUUGAAGAGGCGAAGAGGGUUCUGGAGAAGGCUGAGUAUGAUGCAGCUUCUAAGCUGAAGGAGCAUGAUGGUAAGCUCCACGGGCUGGUCCAGAUGCGGGACAUGGUGGAGGAGGUUAUGCGGGAGCGCGGGGAGGUCAAGGGAGAUGCGCAGAUGGGUGCGGCGCGAACAUACUAA